AUGCAUCCAACACAAAAGAAGGUGGCAGAAGAGAAGGACAAGAAGAAAAAGAAAAAGAAGAAGCAGAGUAAAGCAAACGAUGGAAAAGUGGAGGAGGAGGCGGAGGCGGAGUUAUUUGAGGACAUUCUCAAGAUAGUGCGAGCAGUGUGUCCAUCGUAUGUUGAGUGUGCAGAAAAAUGCAAAAGGGAACAAGAUGGUGGUAGUGGAGGCAAGGAGAAGAAGGACAAGAAGAUGAAGAAAGAGUUAAAAAUGAAAAAGGGUGACAAUAAAAAGGAGGAGGUAAUAUUUGAGAGUAUCCUUGAGUUAGUGAGGAAGACAUGUCCGUCAUACUUUGAGUGCAUGCAGCAAUGCAAGGAAGGGAAAGAGGAAUUCGAUAGUGAAGAGGAGGAGGAAGAAGAAGAAGAAGAAGAGAAGAAAAAGAAAAAGAAGGACAAGGAGGAGGAGGAGAAGAAGAAGAAGAAGAAGGAGGAGCAGGAGGAGAAGAAAAAAAAGAAUAAGAAUAAGAAGGAGGAAAAGGAGGAGAAGAAGAAAAAGAAUAAGAAGAAGGGGGAGGAGGAGGAGAAGAAGAAGAAGAAGAAAAAGAAGCAGAAGAAAGACGACGACGACGAGGAGGAGGAGGAGGAGGAGGAUGAGAAAAAACGUGACAAGAAGAAGAAGACCAAGAAGAAGAAGAAAAGCAGGAGUGAAAAGAGGAAGGACAAGAAAAAGGAGAAGAAAAAGAAAAAGAAAAAGAAGUAA